UGGAAGGUGACUUGCAGAGUAGUUCUGGAGGGAGGUGGAGCGAGCACGUACGCGCUCAUUGCUCCUCCUCCUUCUCUUACUGGAAAGGUCCUGUUCAAGACCUGUUAGGUUUUUAGGCACACGUUCAAUUUCGGUUUGACUCAUGUGGCUGUCGGUCGGUGGGUCAGGUGUAGCUACACAGUUUUGUUUUAACUCACUGCGAUGCACUUUCUAACGUGAAUGGCUGAAGUUCGCUGCUGUGCCUCUUUUGUGUCCCUGUGGCCAGCUUUGCACUUGAAAGGGGAGGCUGUUAUCCCGAAGAGGUGCUCCUUUUUAAAGUUUGGCAUCCCGUCCACUUGAGCUCGUGUAACUGAGUUGAUGGCAUGAGUUCAUGGAGAGGCUAGAACACUGGACAGUCAACAGGUUAAAAGCAGAGGACUUCACCUUCAGAUUUGUGGACUUGUACUGGACCAUCAGGCCACAUGGCACUAAGCAGCUUUCGUCUCAUGAGGACCCUUCGCAACUCUCCAGCAGCCUUGCGCCGUAAAUUCAGCAAAGACCGCACUGAGAGUCUCUCCCAUGGUGAUCCUUUGUUUAAAGUGCAUUACCUGGGUAUGGAAAAGAUCUACUCCCUUCAAGUGGAUCAAGCUGAGGAAGCAAUUACCCGACUGCUAGAGGGGCUACCUGACAAGAUGGCCAAAGAUCAUGCACUUGUAGUUCGCCCACGCUACCUGGAAGUUAAGGAGAUUGCCACAGGCAGGCAGUUAACCAAGACUUACCUUCAUGACAUUGCUUACUGUGCAGCAGACACUACACGGCCCAAUAUUUUCUUGUAUAUAUGUAAAAAUCGGGGCCAACAGCUUCAGUGUCGAGUAUUCUGGUGCAGCAAGGCUAAACGAGCCAAAGCAAUUACUGCUUGUUUGGCACAGUCUUUUGAGAAAGCUCUAAGUGACUGGCAGGAGACUGUGCUGGCAGAGAAGAAUGAAGUGGAGGCUGUGGUGAAGGUAGAAGCUUCAGGAAAAGUCUCCAAAGAGGAAAGGAGUCCAUCAGUGGCAUCUAGCAUACAAAGAGUUCGCUGGAGGAAGAGUCAGAUUUCACGCGUUCCCUCGAAAGUGAGGAUGAGGAGGAUAACGGAUGAACACCGCUUGGGAAGUUAAAUAUGAGACCAAGGAGCCUUAUGAUGAUGAGGGAAUAUGAAGGGGACCAAAUCAGCAAUGAUGGCAAACAACGAAGGGUUUCACUUUCAAUUUGAGGACUAUUGUCAGUUAAUUGACAAGGAAAUAUAUAUAUAUUUUUAUUUUUAUUUUGACAUAAACAAGACGUGUCUUGUAUAUUGCAAUAGAAUUUGACUGAUAAGCUUAGUCUCAUUUCUUAGUCAUCUCAAGGUUUGCCCCUUUUUAAUGUU